GCUAUAUUUUCAAUAACCGAUCCCGUAUUCCAGGUCAAUAAAAUCCUUCUUUCAAAAUAAUUUCAAUGACCAAGCAGAAAAUGGAGGAUUUGGCCUAUUUACUUGGUAAUUCUUUCAUAGAAAUAACUCCAUUUUCGACAGCUCCCGAAUGCACCAAUCUUUUCGUUGUGUUGUCCAGCUUUCCGAACACUACCAGUUUAGUGUCACUCUAUGUCACCAUACCAGUUAGUUGGAGACCACCCAGGAGAACAUACUGAGAAGUUUGGCCAGUGGUAACAGAAACUUGCCUUGGUCCACGUCGUCUACUCACUGUGUUGUCUGUGUGCUUGUUGAAACUUGGUGUCUUUGUCUGUUUGUACAUUCAAUGAUAAAUAACAUUCCUUCUCCAUCUUCAUUCAUGCCACCUGGACACCGGAAGGCAUAAUCACCUUUAUCCAGCUGUUACAGACCUCUUUUGUUAUUUUACUGAUAGUGAAGAGGUUUUGUACUAUGAGCAGUACUCCCUAUAGUAGGAAAGCUGCCACAGAAACCAGAGCUUUCUCUCCUGACGACAAUGGGAAGAUGAGGAAAGAUGCCCGCCAACCACGAUGUAACAAGACAUUCAUCGUCUGUAUUGUUGUUGUCAUCUUUCUCGCCCUCUAUCUUUACUAUUCGUACUCGACCCUCAUGGCACAGAACAAGGAGGUGAAAUCAGCAUGGAAUUCCUUUGACUACGGCGCCCCACCAGCAGAUCUUAUGGAGAAAGCAACAUCAGUCCCUAUUCAUGAAAAUACUAUCAAGUUGACGGUUGGGGGAAUUAAACUUAACUUGUUUUACCGCUCGGCCGGCCCGCAAGACAAACAGGCAAAGACACCAGUACUCUUUCUUCACGGGGCAUCAUUUACAUCAAAAACGUGGCAGGAUCUCGGGACGUUGGGAUUACUGGCUCUUCUGGGACAUCAAGUGGUCGCUGUAGAUUUGCCUGGUUUUGGCUCCACUUCGAGUGCUUCUAACGUCAACAGAGUAGAAUUCAUCGAAGAGAUCAUCAAGCAAACCAAGAUUGUCACGCCACCUAUCAUAGUGCUGCCGUCUAUGGGUGGUGGAUUUGGUCUGCCGUAUGUCAUGGAGGCGCCAGAAAAAGCCUACAAGAGAAUCAGUGGGAUCAUUGCCAUAGCACCAGUCAACACUGGCACUUACACCCAUGCACAGUUUCAUAGAAUCACGGUUCCAACCAUGAUUAUUCGCGGAGAAAAGGACAAAGGUCUUGGCCUUCAGGCAUUGAGCAACCUGCAAAAUACACAAAAUAAUGUCCACUUUGUCAUGGAAAAGUGUGGUCACGCUGCUUACAUGAACGAUUCACCAAAAUGGCACGAACUCUUGUACAACUAUGUGAUGGGAGUUGAAAAGGAAAAACUGUACCUAAAUGGGAAAGCAUAGGAUGUGUACGGACAUUCCAUUAUAAAUUUUAUGAUUUUGUGCGAUGAUGAGAAUGCUUUUAGAAACAUUUGAAAGUUAACCAGAGUGACUGGUUGCUUUGAAAAACAGCUGCCUUCAAAUUCACAAUCUGUUGUGAGAAUUUGCCUUUGGCAGUCUGGGCCUUCUGGUUGUGACUUUGUCCUUAUAAGACUAGUUUGGAAGGAAACAGCUGAUUCAGACUGAUAUUGAUAAGGUUUAGUUUUUGUUGUAUCAGUUUCUAGUAACUGGGUGCAUAUAGAUUUUAUGAUUGCCCAUUGGCAAUGUUGAUGGUCUUAGUCCGAUUAGCAUGACAGAUUGAUUGGCUCCGUCCAUCAUGUUGCAAUGUCAUUACAAUGGAAUUUAUAAAUUUGGAGAGUAUUCUGUUUUCUGUUAACUUUGUCAUCGCUGUGAGUAUGAAUGUUGCACAGAAGUGAUCGGACCUAAAGUUUUCAUUUUGAGGUCAACUUUGCUCCAGUAUGGUGAAAUGUUUGAAUGUUGUGUACUGUUCAUCAUCAUGAUAUAUCGAGUUAAUGUCUCUCGGUAAACUGUAUUUCGAACGAUUUUAAAUGCUUUCUACUUACUCUUUAAUAGUGGGCAUAACAAGUCAUUAGUGGACUUUUAUGAUUAUAUUUUAUUCAUCUUUAGAGUUGUAUCAAACAUUCCAACUCUUGUAAUCAUCAUCAUCAUCAUCAGUUGGGAAUCAUGUUCCCACGAGGAACUAUUCCACUGAAUCAUUCCAAGAAGUACUUCAAGUGGGUGGUGGGGGGGGGGGGGGGAUUAUAUUGAGUGCAAAUCCAAUAAGGAAAAAUCAUUUAUAUCAAGUGUCAUGUGUUAUACAUGGUGCUCUCAUGCCAUCUACUUGAUAAUGAUGAGGAUUUUCACAUAAUAAAGAGGAAGAACGAAUUAUAUAACUUCGUCAUACUU